UGGCAGGCAGGCGGGCUCGCACGCCGGAGCGCCCAGCCCGGAAUCCGUGGAUGUAUUUGGCACCUCCCUGCCUCCUCCAAGCUCGUCGGCGGUGGCCGCUCUGCGCACGGACGGGAACGUCCACCCAGCCGCUGCACUUUGGGCCGCCGACACCCCGAGCCCAGCGCGGCCGCCCCGCGUCUCCGCGCCGAAGCCCGCAGCUCCGAGCGGCAUGAACGGAAUCCGGAGGCGCCUGCCCAGCGCGCGGGAACCGGUCGGUGCUCGCCGCCCAAGGGAGCCGACCCCGAGCCCCUCCAGCCAUUUGUGAACUAAGAAGCUGCAAAUUCGUCCCCCGCCGAGCCCCAUAAGAGAAAUUUCGAGAAAAAGGAAAGCCAAUGGAUCACGGUCUUAGAAAAACUGCUUAGAAGAUGUCUAUUUCCUGUGCUCUCAAUACCGGGCAGAGCUCUAAGUAAAUGCUCAGCACUGCAUGAUGAAUUGGAUGACUGCAGACCGGAGGCAAAAAAAAUAAUUGUCUCAUUUUCGUGGUGAUUUGCUUAACUGGUGGGACCAUGCCAGAACGGCUAGCGGAAAUGCUCUUGGAUCUCUGGACUCCAUUAAUAAUAUUAUGGAUUACCCUACCCCCUUACAUUUACAUGGCUCCGAUGAAUCAGUCUCAAGGCGUAAUGAGUGGAUCCCCUUUGGAACUAAACAGUCUGAGUGAAGAACAGCGGAUUUUAAACCGCUCCAAAAGAGGCUGGGUUUGGAAUCAAAUGUUUGUCCUGGAAGAGUUUUCUGGACCUGAACCCAUUCUUGUUGGCCGGCUACACACAGACCUGGAUCCUGGGAGCAAAAAAAUCAAAUAUAUCCUCUCAGGAGAUGGAGCUGGGACAAUCUUUCAAAUAAAUGACAUAACAGGAGAUAUCCAUGCUAUAAAAAGACUUGACCGAGAGGAAAAGGCUGAGUAUACCCUAACAGCUCAGGCUGUGGACUGGGAGACGAACAAACCUCUUGAGCCUCCUUCUGAAUUUAUUAUAAAAGUUCAAGACAUCAACGACAAUGCACCAGAGUUUCUUAAUGGACCCUAUCAUGCUACUGUGCCAGAGAUGUCCAUUCUGGGUACGUCUGUCACUAAUGUAACAGCUACUGAUGCUGAUGACCCAGUUUAUGGAAACAGUGCAAAGUUGGUUUAUAGUAUCUUGGAAGGGCAACCUUACUUUUCCAUUGAUCCUGAAACAGCAAUUAUAAAAACUGCCCUCCCGAACAUGGACAGAGAAGCCAAGGAGGAGUACCUGGUUGUUAUCCAAGCCAAAGAUAUGGGCGGCCACUCUGGCGGCCUGUCUGGGACCACGACACUCACCGUGACCCUGACCGACGUGAAUGACAAUCCUCCCAAAUUUGCCCAGAGUCUGUAUCACUUCUCAGUACCAGAGGACGUGGUUCUUGGCACUGCCAUAGGGAAGGUGAAGGCCAAUGACCAGGACAUUGGUGAAAAUGCACAGUCAUCAUAUGACAUCAUUGAUGGAGAUGGAACAGCUCUCUUCGAGAUCACUUCUGACGCCCAGGCCCAGGAUGGCAUUAUAAGACUAAGAAAGCCUCUGGACUUUGAGACCAAAAAAUCCUAUACACUGAAAGUAGAGGCCACCAAUGUCCACAUUGACCCACGUUUCAGUGCCAGGGGACCCUUUAAAGAUACGGCAACUGUUAAAAUUGUUGUUGAAGAUGCUGAUGAACCUCCUGUCUUCUCUUCACCAACUUACCUCCUUGAAGUUCAUGAAAAUGCUGCUCUCAACUCCGUGAUCGGACAAGUGACUGCUCGUGACCCGGAUAUCACUUCCAGUCCUAUAAGGUUUUCCAUUGACCGGCACACUGACCUGGAGAGACAGUUCAACAUUAAUGCAGAUGAUGGGAAGAUCACGUUGGCAACACCACUUGACAGAGAAUUAAGUGUAUGGCACAACAUAACAAUCAUUGCCACCGAAAUUAGGAACCACAGUCAGAUAUCAGGAGUACCUGUUGCUAUUAAAGUGCUGGAUGUCAAUGACAACGCCCCUGAAUUCGCAUCCGAAUAUGAGGCAUUUUUAUGUGAAAAUGGAAAACCCGGCCAAGUCAUUCAGACAGUCAGUGCCAUGGACAAAGAUGAUCCCCAAAAUGGACAUUAUUUCUUAUACAGUCUUCUUCCAGAAAUGGUCAACAACCCGAACUUUACCAUCAAGAAAAAUGAAGAUAAUUCCCUCAGCAUUUUGGCAAAGCAUAAUGGAUUCAACCGCCAGAAGCAAGAAGUCUAUCUUUUACCAAUCAUAAUCAGUGAUAGUGGAAAUCCGCCUCUGAGCAGCACCAGCACCCUGACCAUCCGGGUCUGUGGCUGUAGCAGUGAUGGUGUUGUCCAGUCUUGUAAUGUUGAAGCUUAUGUCCUUCCGAUUGGACUGAGUAUGGGCGCCUUAAUUGCCAUAUUAGCAUGCAUCAUUUUGCUGCUAGUCAUCGUGGUGCUGUUUGUAACUCUGCGGCGACAUAAAAACGAGCCAUUGAUUAUCAAAGACGAUGAAGACGUCCGAGAAAACAUCAUCCGCUAUGAUGACGAAGGAGGCGGGGAGGAAGACACGGAGGCCUUUGACAUUGCAACUUUACAGAACCCUGAUGGAAUUAAUGGAUUUUUACCCCGUAAGGAUAUUAAACCAGAUUUGCAGUUUAUGCCCAGACAAGGGCUCGCUCCGGUUCCGAAUGGGGUCGAUGUUGAUGAAUUUAUUAACGUGCGGCUCCAUGAGGCUGAUAAUGACCCCACGGCCCCGCCCUAUGACUCCAUCCAGAUUUAUGGCUAUGAAGGCCGAGGGUCUGUGGCUGGGUCCCUCAGUUCCCUGGAGUCCACCACCUCAGACUCAGACCAGAAUUUUGACUACCUCAGUGACUGGGGUCCCCGCUUUAAGAGGCUGGGUGAACUCUACUCUGUUGGUGAAAGUGACAAAGAAACUUGACAGUGGAUUAUACAUACAUCAAGGAACUGAGCAUUCUGUAAUAUUCUAGGGUUACUCCCCUUAGAUACAAGCAAAAUGUGGCUCUUUGUUUUAGAGGCAAGUUUAGCACCAGUCAUCUAUAAACUCAACUACAUUUUAAUGUUGAACCAAAAAAUUACCAAUAAAAAUUAAAAGUAUUUGUUAGGAGGUUAUAAAUCUUGUGGAGUGUGAAUUAAAGUAUGUGGAGUGUCUAGAAGUCUUUGGAUAUUUGAUAUUUAUCUGACCACCACAGACAAAGAUUGGGAUCCUGAUGAAUCUUUAGAGAAGUGGUUGCAAAAGAGGAAAAAAUCAAAAUUAAAAGGUGCUUUCUUAGAAAAAUGGACCUGCAAGGAAUUUGCUGCUGAUCUGUGUCUUCUGCAAGGAUUUUUAUAAAUGCAAAUGGUUUUUUCCCCUUCGCCAAUAAGGAUCCCGCCACACAUGAUAAAGCAAUACUCGGUCUGCUGUACUUUCUCACAUUUGGAGUUGUAGGCGGCCUCCUAGAUAAUGCGGUACGGUGACCACCCAUUGUACAUAAUUGUUGGCCCCGCUCAUCAGAGACUGAAGAGCAUCUUUAAAUAUUGUGUCGAGCCUUAAAAUAUUCACGUUUGUAAUCCAUGCCAGAGUGGGAUUGCCAACUAGUGGUAAGAGAAUAGUCCCAUCUCAACAGGCUUGCUUUCCGGAAGCAGGAUUACCCAUUCCCUCCGCUUCAUCUUCUUCCACGAGGACACAAAGAUUAACUGUACCACACAGUGGACCACAUAAAAGACAGAUGGUUUUAUUGCUAGCGCGUGAAUUUAUUUGUUUAAUCCUCGAAAUAAAUAUUUUAUUGAUGUCCAUUAAUGCUUUUAUUUAUUAAGGUUGGUAAUCUAUAGAUAAGGGACUCUAUGGGGAAAA